UUGUUCCUAGGGUGUUUGUCAAAGGAUUGGCGGGAAAAGGCUGAAUGCUUUGGCAGGGUAUAAAUUCCUCUGUCCACCUACCAGCUCUUCUUCAGCAGAUGCAGAGUGCAAGAGAUGAAGUUCUUCACGCCAGCUACCCUCAUCCUGCUCCACUCCCUCUGCACACUGGGCACAACAGUGCGUGAAUACAGCUCUGUCCUCACUGUGCCCAAUGGAGGCCACUGGGGCAAGUGGGGGCGUCAGCAAUUUUGUCGUUAUGGCUAUGCCAAUGGAUUUGCCCUGAAGGUGGAGCCAUCCGGGUUUGGAAGAGAUGACACAGCUCUGAACGGCAUACGCCUGCGUUGUCAAGAUGACUCAAUCAUCGAGUCCUCGGUGGGGAAGUGGGGUACCUGGACCAGCUAUCAGAUUUGCCCUAAAGGUCACUUGAUCUCCUUCUCACUGAGAACAGAGGAGUCCCAAGGAGAAGGUGAUGACACAGCAGCCAACAACAUCCAGUUCAAAUGCUUAGAUGAAACUGUGCUAAUAGGUGAUGGGCUGUCGUGGGGUACAUUUGGCUCAUGGAGCAAAAGCUGCAACAUAUGUGGUCUUCAGACCAAGGUAGAGCCCCCACAGGGGUUUGGAGAUGACACAGCACUCAACAAUGUGAGGUUCUUCUGCUGUAAACAAGCACUUACUCCAUCUUCAUGACCACCUACACAUUCCAUAUCCCCACAGCAAAAGAAACAUCAAUAAAGCACAGCUCUAGCUUUAUAAUGGGACAUGCCUGUGAAGUUUUGACUCCUUACAUCUUGACAUACUGGCCAAUGCCUUAGAUGAUGGUGUAAUUUACAGCUACCACUAUGCUAGCAUCGCUUCUCACAGUUACUGAAGUGUAUUAUAUUCACAAGAAUCAUCCUAUCAUGUAACUGCUGAUAUAACACUGUGAAAACGCCCAAUCUCUGACAAUUGCUCAGAGCUGAGGAACAGAUUUCUCAACUUUUUUUUUUUUUCAUCUGAAUGAUACAUUUCUUUGGGGUUCUCUCUGUCCAUUUUUUUCUCUUGUUUGAAAUAAUAUUUGAGCUGUGGACAUUAUAGACAGGGAACAAUGACUAUUAGUUUGAGUCUACGUGAGGUUUCUGAUCAAAGAGAAAAUGACCAGUGGGAUGAAACAGAAAUUUGAGUGGGCUCAUGAGAAGCAUCAAAGGUUUGUUGUCUUUGCCCAAACCUAACUUUAAUUACCUCAAGACUUGCGCAUGUUUUUUUUACAAGUAAUCUGUUAGCUCAUACUGGAGCUCCUGCCUUUGGAAGCAUGGUUAGAAGUGCUUACAUUGAACAUCCACCCAAGUGUGGCUAUGAUGCCAGCUGGGUGGCCUCUGGGUCUCCAAAUCUCCCUCGUUGCUGCUUUGUAGUGUGCUACACUGUCUCACACAGUUGUUAUUGCAAAACUCAUUUUCAUGGGACUUGUUUUUUUCAUUUGUUGCCUUUGGGCUUCAUGCAGCAAAUAGAGUGACGAGAAUGCGAAGUAAAAAUAAACUCUAUGUCAUUCACUCAUUUUUUUAUGCUCCAAUUUGCUGGAUAAGCUUGAUGUUAUUACCUUGACCUGAUGUAAAAUGUACUUUUGACUUGGGGGAAAGCAUGCCUGGAGAUUAUUAUUGUGCCUUAAUGUCUAAGCCACCAGACCUCUCUGGCAAGAGUUUAAGCAGACUUAUUGCCUCUCUGAGCACGUUUUAGGAAGUGUUGCUUUUGCUGUUCCUUCAAAGCAAUGCAUUAUGCAUUGUUACUUGAAACAAGGUAGGAGCAUGAUGGUGUCAUUCUCUAGGUGACUCUUUGUGUUGUGGAGAUGUUGUGUUCCCAAUCACAGCUAUGUGGAGUAGUGCAUUCAUAUCCUUUGCUUAAUACAUAUACAGCCAUCACCACUCUGGCUCUUCAUCCAUGUGAAAUUUUCUUCCGGUCACUAUAUAAUAACUAUUUUCUUUUAAGAGAAUGGAAUAUAGCAGGCAAAAGAACAGAACAAACAUGAUACAUGCUUUGGUUAAAAGAGUUUUGGUAUUAAAACAAGAGUAUGCUUUUGAGGAGAUUGGUGGUCUGUCUAACUCCAGGUGCUGCCUCUGGUGGCAGUGCUCAAGACCUAAUGCUUACUGCAAUAAAAUGUUUCUUUAAGUCAGAGAAGUGAUGACUAUGAACUUUAUUGGCAAAACCAAUAGCAAUCAUUGAAUGUUUGGUAAUGUUCUCCAAAGGUCGCCUCUGGAGUACACAGCAGUUUCUCAUGAUGUUUGUGUCAUUUUCCCUCCUAGUUCCU